AGGGCGGCGGCCGCGCAAGACCCAAGACAUCGAGGUCGCCGCCGAGGUCGCGCCAGGCACGCGCGCGCGCGUUAACGCAGUGCAUCGCAGCCUCGCAGAUCCACAUCGAUCGCAUUCGUGCGCUGGCGAAAGAUGAGAAGGAAUGCGUGCAUUUUGGCGCUGCUGUGGGUCACGGCUGCAGCCGAAGAUUGCGGCGUGCCCGUGGACCGCAUCAACGACGACUACUGCGACUCGCCCGAUGGCUGCGACGAGCCAAACACCAGUGCCUGCUCAACGGUCGCAGCCGCGAGGCGCUUUGAAUGCCCGGACGAGGGCUCCGGCACCACACUGAUUCCGGCGAGCCGAAUAGGAGACGGCGUCUGCGACUGCUGCGACGGCUCGGACGAGGUGAGUGGGUGUGAAGAUGAUUGUGAGGCGCGCCGGUCACAAGCGCGCGAGAAAGAGGAGGCCGAGAGAGCAGCCGAGGCCGCGGGCGUCGCCGCGCGGAAGGACAUGGCCUGCGCCGCGAAGCGCGGCCGGGAGGUGGCGCGGCGCCAGCUCGCCGCGUCCGAGCGCGACCUCGAUGGGAUGCAGGCGAAGAUCGACGCCGCGCGGGAGAAGCGCGACGCGGCACGCGCCGAGGCGGACGAAUUAAGGGACGCGGCGGCGGCGAAGGAGAUGUACAGGGCGCUCCACUUAGACGCGCUGACGGCAGACCAACUUCGGGGGCUGGUUGUGGACCUCGCGCGCGAGGCAAAUCAGGGCGACGCGCUCGUGCGGCUCGCGCGCGUCGCGAACGGCCUGCCGGAGGCGGAGGAGCCCGAGCCUGAGCCCGAGGCUGAACAGGAGCCGGAACCCGAGCCCGAGGCCGAGCCCGAGGCCGAGCCUGAGCCGGAGCCGGAGGCCGCGGCGCCGGCGGAGGAGCAGGAGGACGCCGCGUCGACGGAAGAAGCGGAGGAGCCCUUCGCCCGGACGCUCGAGGACGCCGACGGCGAGUACGUGCAGACGCUGGAGUUGGAGGACGAGGACGGAGACGACCUGCCGGGCGAGAGCGACCUCGACGCCGCCGAGGCGGCGGCCGACGCCGAAGACGACGCCGCUGCUGCCGACGACGACGACGCCUUCGCGGAGUUCGACGCCGCCGAGGAGGAGGCCGAGGCUGGCGCCGACGCGGAUGCCGCCGCCGACGAGGCCUACGGGGGCUUCGACGAGGGCUUCGAUGAGGACUUCGACGACCACGCCUACGACGACUACGACGACUUCCCGGGCGACGCCGACUACGACGACGACGAAGAGCGAGAGGGCACCUUCGCGGAUCUGGAAGAUGAGGACUUCGCCGACGACGAGUACGGCGAUAUACCGGACGACGUCUUCCCGGACGAGUAUCCCCCUACCCCAAGUUAUGAUGAUGACUAUUCGUAUGACGAGGGCGAUACGCGCCUGGCUCUGGAGACGUACCGUGAUAGUGAAGAAAGUUACCUGUCGUCCUCGAAACGUAAAAAGCUGGAGGCGCUGGAGGAUACGCUAAAUGAGUUGGAGCGCGCGCGCGACGACAAUGAGGAUAAGCUGAGGGAGAGUAAAGCUGCGUUGGGCGACGCCGACUAUGGUGACGACGGCGCAAGGUGGGCGUUACGAGAUAAAUGCGUCUCCCGAACGCUGCAGGGCUACCUGUACGAGGUCUGCUUCUACAAGAACGCCCGGCAAGGGAGUACGAGACUCGGCGACUACCGGUCGACCGACGGGAGCGUUCUAACGUACGACGGCGGCGAGUACUGCUGGAACGGACCCGCGCGGUCUUUGAUAGUAAACCUCGAGUGCGGCGCCGCGAAUGAGCUCGUGAGCGUCGACGAGCCGCGGACCUGCGUCUAUCAAGCUAUUGUGCGAACCCCAGCGGUUUGCGGCUCGACACAAGAGGUCGGCGACGAGUGCGCGCCGCCCCCCGAGAGCAGUGGAGGGUUCCUGCGGUUUCUGGGAUUAGGUUAAGUAUAUGAUGUAUUA